AUGCACAGAAAUCGCGACGACAGAUUAAACGAGCUGGAAGAUGCUGGUACGGUUACUGUUUCUAGCCGCUAUGGUGGAUCAUCAUUCACAGACAUCUGGGACAGUACAAACAUUGAGGUGAGAAUAGCGGUUUGAUUGUGCCCCCAUGACUUUUAAGGAGGUUCUUUUGCUUAACAGAACUGAGUUUUGAGGGCUUGUGCAGCUAUGCACGUCAAAAAAGGAAGAACAAUAUCGUAACGUCAUGUUUUUUAAUGAAAUUUUUGUGAUAAAUCUAUAAACUGACGUCACUUUGUUUCGUAGUUUCGCGGAAAUCACGAAAAGGAAGUUCGCUCUCUUUAAUAAAAAUUUAAGAAGAGUAUUAAAAUCAGUUAAGUCAGUAAGACGCUGAAUAUUUCGGGGGAAAAAACGGAAUUUUCUGUAAACCGUUUAACUCCCAAGAUCUGAUUGCUAAUUCUCCCCUCUAGCUGCUACACAUUUCCUUACAAAUCAGAUCGAGAUAACAAACUCUACCCAAUAAGUUUGAAUCUUCUCAUCACCUGUUUGCUGGAUAAUGUAUGGAUAAUUUAGGGAGAAGUUACGUGUUUAUCACUUCUGGGAGUUAAAGGGUGAAAAUAUUAUAUAAACAGUGAUUCUCCUGUUCAGUGGUCCUUGAUGAGAUGAAAUAAAAAAGUUAAAAAAUCCAGAAGAAACUAACACUAGGCCUUCAUCAGAGAUUCUAUUAAGUAAAGGAAAUUGAACUUUUUGAGUCUUGUCUCAUAAAAUGAGGUUCAAAUUCUUAUGGGGCGAGUGCAGCCCUAAGCUACUGACCACACCCUAUUCCUUUACCCAGUCCCUUGGUAACCAACCCUGAUUAAUGCUUUGAAUCUAAGGAAUUUUCAUCAGGUUACCCCAUCAUAUCCCCUUGGUGCAAUAGAAAAUUAGACUAAUGCUAUGAAUACAGGUCACAUUAUCCUAAUGCACAGUCACCCCAAUUCAAUUAUUGCCUCCUGAGUGAGUUGGGUUGCCACUUAGGUGUUGUCAUGUGACUCCAACCAGAGUACUGGUAUUCCUCUCCUACCACAAUAAUUUCUGAGAACUUGAGGAGCAAGCUUGGUCAUUAGCUUGUGGGUAACUAAAAUUGACUAGAUUUAAUGUGAUGCAUUGAAGAAGUAAUGUUAGUACCAAAUGUAAAAAAGUGCUCAGGUUUUCUUUGUUUGUGAUGUUUAUAAAAUGUCUUUACUGCAGAUCAGGGACCAAAGUGCUCUUCAAGAAGACAACAGCAGCUCAACAGCCAGCCUUUUGCUUAAAUGUAAACGUCAGGUUAUCUACCCUUAUCUCUAUAUUCUAUGCUUGGUAAGUUUGGAAAACAGUUGUACAAAAUAUUGUCAGCAUUUCUUGUGGAACUCAGAAAACCAUGGAAACUGCAAAGGCCCUCGAGAUGUGAUUUACUAGGGGAAAAUAAAACAUUGCUUGAGAAAUUUUCACUAUAAACAUAUUGUUAAUCAGUAUCUGGUUUUCUUACAGACAUCCAGAUCUCCCUUAUGGUUGGUCAUAACACAGUAAACAUAUUUUAACCCUUUAACUCCCAGAUCAAUUUUUUUAUUCUCCUUACUGUCAACCAUACAAUUCUUAUAAUGUUAAUUCAGAGAAUUUAGUAUUGGAUCAACUAAUUAUUCCCAAACUGAUAUUUUUCUUUAUUCUCAUCACUUAUCUGUUUGAUAUUUUAUUGGUAUUGUAAGGAGAAACUCUGUCUUGAUCACUCAGAGUAUAUUUUAGACAGUUAUUUAAAAACCUUUCUGUAUUGUGCUGCAACAUUUUUUGUUAUGAUUGUAAUGUUGCAUUGCUUCCAGCAUACAAUGCAAAUUAUCCAACAUGUUCUACAUGUAAGUUAAUAAUUGAAAAUUUACUUUGAUUUCUAAAAAACGAAUCAAUUAUAUUUCUCAGGUUGCUUGGCGACCAUUUGGCUCUCGCUCAAUGGUUUAUCGUCAAAGAUGUUCCUUCUGGAAAGUGGUUAACAUUUUCUACACAUUUUUGUUUUUUUGCUUGAUCAUCUUUACCUAUGCCUCACAUCUUAUAUCCUGCAACCUUGGGCUAGAUGUCAGUAUUAAUAAGGUGCAUUAAUUCUGUGUAUUUGAAGUAAAAAAAAUGUUUACCUUACAUGCUCUGUCAGUCCCCCCCCCCUCUCUCUCUGUAAUAUGCACUCUGUCUAUAGCUUUAACUCUCUAAAAAUCUCCCUCCUUCAAAGAAAAAUUCUAUCCAUAGUAUUGUUGGGUUAGAGUUUACAAGAUACUAGCUAAUGUUUAUGAAGCUUUUUAAAAUACCAUAAUUGUGAAUAUUGUUAGUUUUCAACCAAAGAAGUAUGUUCUGUGCUUUCCCUUUGGUGCAAAUACCAAAGCUAUCUGUCAAUCAAGAAUUGACCCAUGAGUUUCCUUUGUGGGCAUUAAAGGACCUUGAUAUUAUGCAAUUACUGGAUGAGGUUGAGCAUAAUAUCAUGAAUUAUCAAUGCUGAGGUCUGAGUAAUAUCUGAUUAGGCUGAGGCAAAUAACACAGACACAAGAUUUGAUAAUUCAUGAUAUCAUGUGAAAACCAAAAAUCAAUAAUAAUUGUUUUGUUAUACCUUUUUAAACAAUCUGCAAAAGAAGACACUUUCCUCUGAGUUUGCAAAAGUUGAAGAGCACUACACAGACAAGGGGCUUGAAAACUAGGCAGACUUUCAACUCAACAUGAUAACCCAAUAUCUGCAACAGAUAUUGGGUUAUCAUAUCAACUUCACAUGCUAUUGUUUAUUAACUGUAUGCUCUUGACCAAUCAGAGUUUUCAUAGUAAGUCUAAUGCAUGAUAAGAUCAAACAAGCUUGCACAUGUCACCAAACUAAAGUCAUCAAUAUAUUGAAUAAGAUUUUUUUGUCUUUUCUCAAUGUGUGUAAUGUAGACCUCCAAGGCUCUAGAAACAUCUCAAGGCACCAAGCAAUCACAGCAUGACCAGAGAAGCUUGAUAAAACCUGACGGAAAUUCCUUUGGUGGAACAAAAGCAACACACGCUUUCUCUCUGGACCUAAACAGAAUAAAUAAGAAUCUUAUGGUUCAAAGUGGUGUUACUUCCCAAACUAUGGGGAAGAACAUUAGCUCUUCAGUUUUUCCUUCAGUUACCAAUUUUUUUACUCAGGCAACUUCAGAGUCAGGUGAUUGGAAACCAGCUGCUUUCAAAAAAUGUAAUCAUUUACUAACAGAGUAUGUGAUGCCACAUCUCCUCCACUUCAUGGCAGUUUUGACUGGGUUUUACUUGUUUAGAAUUCAAGACAACGAGGACCUCAGUGCUUUGGUAGAAAAGGUAUAAGGUAGCAUAAAAAUAUUUAACAUUCCCAACAUUUUAUAGGCUCAACUUAAACAGGUCCACAAUUCAGGCAAAAGUGAGGAAUGUGAUGGAGCAGGGGGAGCAGGGCUCCAGUUGGGGGAGGGGGAGAGGGAAUACUUAGUAAUGGGCUAAUGUAGAUGUGCCACUGCAUGGAUGGGGUCAUAUUUUCACAACUGGAUUGACUAUGAUGGGGUUGCAUUUAUAUAGUUACUAGAAUGGGGUGGCACGAUUUUGGGAUAAGAAAAUUCUGGUAUAAAGGGAUUUGAAAAUGGGAAGAUUUCCUGGUAAAAGUUGCUACUGUAUUACCAGAUAUGACUAAAAUGUGGUGUAUAGUUGGCCAAAGAAUAGACAAUAAAUUGGCUCAAGUAAAUUGGCUCCCCUUUCCCAAGUCCCCUUCCCCUUCCCCUUCCCCUUCCCCCCCCUUCCCCUUCCCCUUCCCCCCCUUCCCCCUCCCCUUCCCCUUCCCCCUUUCCCUUCCCCCCUCCCCUCCCCCUCCCCUUAUCCUUCCCCCCUUCUGAACUUUGAUAUGUAGAAAUUACUCAUUUGUCUCUAUACUGGGAGGGAAAAGUUUAAUUUAGGAUGUUCAUUAUGGAUCAGAGAUUUAUGAAUUUUCCAGCUACGAAGCAGAACCUCCCUUCUUGAUGAACUGCAGGCUCUAUGCAGAAGGAACUGCAAGAGUGAGUCUUGUGAUAAACACAUCAGGCCCCGGCCCCCAGUAGUCUAACAAAUAACCUUAUAAGUAUUGUUAAGGAUGUUUUUAUUAAUUAUUUUGUUUCCUUUCCCAAGGUUUUUUUGCUUAGUUCCAUUCCUAGGAAGAUUGUUUCAAGGUUAAGGUAAUUUGUGCAAUAGAUUUUGCAAAUGCAUGAUGUUAUAUUUUUUAUUUGAAAAAUUAUGAGUAAAUUAAGACUUUUAUUUCAUUUUUGCAGAAUUUUUUUCUUGAGCUUGGUGAUGUUGGCAAUUGCUGAUAGUGCCGUUGAAAUGUUGUUUCUUCAUGUCUUUAAGAUAGCCUCAGUGACAGGAUUCAGUCUCAAUUCAAAGUUAGUCUGGCUUAAAAUUAAAUAACUGUAAUUUAUGGCAAUUUACUUGCACAAUAUUCACUUGAUGCUGCAUGCCACUUUAAAAGGGAAACUUGUAAUCUUAGGUUAAUAUGCCCCUUUGUCAUGUCACCCCAAGUCAUGUGGCCUCCUGGCUAAGUGAUUUGCCCCCUUAAAAAAAAAUUGGGAAAUUGCUCAUUACAUCACUUUUAGACGUAAGGGUAUCAAAGAGUAUCAGUGGUUUGCAAUAGUCAAACUCAGUGGUAAUUAAUCACAAUAGUAAAAGACUUGUUUAAGUCCACAUUGAGCUGACCAAAACAGUGAAAAAUGUCCAACUCCUGCCUCAGGCUUUACCAUAAGUUUUGACUUAUUAAAUAAGAAUUUAAACGCAAAAAAAAAUGGAUGAAAUAAAGAGAUUGAUUUUGCUGCAAUACAGGCCAAAAUUAGCAAGAACUAAGUAUUCUUAGUUGAAAUUUUGUUAGUAUCGCAAUAAGCGAUGAAAGAUGUCUUUAUUUUUUUCCUGAUAGUGGCCAGUGGAUAGCAGUUUCAUUCAUUGUACUUGGCUUUUUCGUGGAGGCCUUUGUUUCCAUAGUGACACUCAUGAGUUACUGUGCUCAGUGUGAAUUGUUGACCUUUUAUCUCCACGAGAUUUGUCAGAGAAUGGAGGAAAAAACCAAAGAUCUCUCUGCUUUAAUGAAAGUAAUCACAGCUUUGUGGAUAUUCUUGAGACAUGACUUUUUAAACAAUGAAUCCCACCCCAAAAAAAUUAUAAUGAGAUUAGGCUUCAAUACUUUUUCAAAGUUUUAUUUCAGCCUCUGAAAUCACCCCACCUCUCCCACCAACCCCUGUCAAUUUUGAGUUAACCCUUUCACUCCCAAUUAUCUCAUUCAUAAUUUAGUAAUUCUCCUUACUGUCUGCCAUACAAUUCUUAGUUAAAAAUCAUCUGUACUUGCAAAACCUUGAAGGCCCUUCUUUUUAAUCAAAUCACUCAGAAUUAUGAAGCAGUCAGGGACGAAUAGAGUAUGGCUUGCAAUCAUAUCCCUACCCUUAAUUUUCCUUAAUUUUAUUACAGAUCUAUUCCUCUUGUUUUCCUUGAAAGAAAAUGUAAAAGAUAUCUCAAAUUCAAUUGAGCAUUAUAACAUCCUCAGCUUGCAUGUUUUUGUUUUAGGACGUAAUGGAUGUAAAGAAAAACCUCAACAAUAUGAAUGGAAAAAUAUCCAUAAUUGCAAGUCUAAUUGUGCUCUGCUACCUUAAAAUUACUGUGGCAGGUAAUCAUUGAUAACUGUAGGGUGUUUAUUUCUGCUUAUCAUUAUGAAGUUUGAUUCAAGCUUUGAAUUCAAUAAUAAGGUUCUUGUGUGAAGGCAUUCUAGAGGAAGAACAGGAUGCCCAAGCUUCCAAAUGAGCCUCUGUAAAUAUGCAAAUAUAUUGCACAAUGGGCAAAAUGGAAGGAUUUGCAUGGGCUUAAACAGUUGCCAUAAACAUACUCCCUAACAAAUCCUCAUGUCUUGUCCAUUGCAUAGCAUAAACAUAUUUGCAUAUUUAUGGAACCUCAUUUUGUAAGCCUGGGCUACCUGUGGAGGAGGAAGGAAUUGUUGAAGCUAUUUGCAAUAGGGCAAGGCAAACUUAGGGGAACCGAUAGAGGCGCUGCCAAAGAAGAUGAAAUUUCCAGGUGGCAUAGUCUCAGAUUUUCAUGUGUAAAGAUAUAUACUGUUAGCAAGAUGACCUGUACUAUCACAGCUCUAACCCUUUAACUUCCAGAAAUGAUUAAGAUGUAACUUCUCCCUUUAAUAUCCAUACAUUAUUCAGCAAACAGGUUAGGAGAAUACUCAAACUUUCUAGGUAGAUUUUGUUAUCUUGAUCUAGCACCAAAUUCUUGUAAUCAAUUAUUUACAAGGAAAUGUGCAGCAGCUAGAGGGGAGAAUUAACAAUCAGAUCUUGGGAGUAAAAGGGUCAAAUGAUCUCUGUAUCAAACUAAUGCUCAAAUAUGAAGCACAAAUCCUUGCCUGGUGUGUGAUUAAGUUCAAAUUAAAUAUAAGUUGUUCCUCAAAGGCUUUGUUUGCUGAUGCACUAACAGAGUACUAAAUAAAAUGUGUAAAGAGAUAUUCCAAUCAAAUAACACAUAUUAUAUCACCAACAUUAACAUGAUUGCUCUAACAAAUUUCUGUGCUAUUUUACUCUUGCAGAGGUGAUCAACAUGAUGACCUACAUUAAGAAUGACAUACACAGUGCCAUUACGUUGCUUUACAGAUUGUUAGCUCCACUCUUGUCCUUCUCUUUUAUAAUGAUUCCCUUUAUAGUGGUGAGUACUUUUAAAGCAUUUGGUAUGUAAACAAAGAUUCAUUUCAUCCUGUCUCAGCUGACUGUUGAACCCAUGCUGACUAGUGAACUAAUCAUUAAUCAAUCCCUAGAAAUACAUCACACUUCCAACUGCACAUUUCAAAAAUAUGGUCUUAUAUUGAGGCUGAAGAUAUCUUGUGAGAUAUAUCAUCACUUGGUCAAAAAACAAGCCUGGUGACACCAUUAUGGGGAAAAAAGAGAAGAAAGAAAAACAUUGUAAAAUACAUUGGGCAUCUUCUUUUUAUAUGAAAAAAAGGGUGAAGUCUGUACUCGAACCAAGUGACUCAACCAGCUAAGGCUUAUCCUGCUUUCCUUUGCAUAAAGUAGCUAAGAGUAUCACUACUCCCCCCUGGAUGGGAUGUUAGUCCAUUGCAAGGUCCCCCCCCCACCCCAGAAUUUCAUCAGGCUUCCUUUACAAAUUGCCGGUCACCACUCAUACUCCUGGAAGUAGAGAGGCACUGUUAGAGGAAAUGUUUUGCCCAAGAACACAACACAUUGACCCAGGCAAGACUCCAACCCAGACCUCUCAAUAAGGAGUCAAAUACCUUAACCAUCAGACCAUCACAUCUCUCACACCUUUUUUUUUUGUUGUUUUUCUUUUUUUUAUAUAGCUGAUUUAAAAUUCUUCAUUUGGGGCCCAUGAAGAGUGUGAGUUGGUUUUGAUUUUUUUAUAACUUCUUUAUUUGCAGGCUGCUCGCUUUAGUGCAGUGGCAAAGAAGUUUAAACAGCAAAGCCUGAAUGUCAGAGUGUUUGGAUAUCCUUCAGCCACACAGCUGGACCAGGACUCUUUCAUUUUGUUCACCCAAGGUGUAGAAAUGAAGGUUAGUUUGGUCCUACAAAAAAUUUGUUUCUUGGGGGAAGGGGGAGGGGGAGGGUGAAUCACAAGCAGGACUUGAUAGGUUUGUGGUUUGUAAAUUAGUGAAUUCAGCCUUAAAAAUCUCAUGGAUUGUAGAUUUUUAUAAAAAAUUAAGCAGCUUGGCAAAUUUUAAAAUUGUGUACAAAUACUGUCCACCUAAGAGAGGGAUUUCUGCAUCAGAUAGUUAAUCUUUGUAUUUUUUCAGCAAUCCUCUCCUUUGCCCGAUAUAUGACAAGCUGAACAUACUUAUACACUCAUAAAGUGAUGGAGAUCCAGAUGUGAACAAAAACUUUUUGACUAGACUAGGGCGGAACACUUUAUGGUUAUCUAAUAGGUUUCAAUGUUCCCAUGUUGAAAAUUUCUUAUGGCCCUUUAUGUCAUGCAGGUAUUAAUCAAAUUUUCCACAUAGCACUUUCUGGAAUUUAUUUCCAGGGUUAGGUUUUUUUGGUCUGAUUAUUUAAACAAAGUUGAUUCGUUUUUUAACAAAACUGCCUCCAAAACAAUCCUCCAUCAAUUCCGCCGGGUCUAUUUAUUUUUCAAACAGUGUCAAAAGGGCCAAAAGCUAACAGUGGCAGGACAUCUAUUUAAUUAAAUCAACCCUCUUAUGAAGAAAGCCUGAGGCCCACUGAUUGUGUAAAACUGCAGUUUGCAUUUAGUGAUUUAUCAACUCACAAGGAAACAUCAGAUAGAAGCAACUUUAUAAAGAUUGUUCAUGAGAAUCCAGGUUUUUUAAAAUCUUUAAUCAUAUAUAUCAUUGUUUCCUUCACUAGGCCAAACUGAUGUUGAUGCCAAUUCAUGGCUCAUAUGUGUCUGCUACUGUGAUACUGAUCAUGUUUGGGCUCCUGGUAUUGAUCCAAUCACAUAUCAUAUCUACUAAUAUUAGAUACCUUUGAGAAGUGGGCAUAAGUUGUUAUUUUCUGCCACCCUUAAUAACCUCCCAAGGGAACUAAUAGGGUUCAAUGAAAUACUUACAGGUUUAAAAGAGAAUGAAAAUUGAGGAGCUGCAGUGAAAUGGUUGAAUAUUGUUUCCAUGGGUUAGAAUUACUUCCUUUUGUUUGUUUCUUUUCCAUAAACUGAAUUGUAGGUUUAAAAUAAUUGUUUGUUGUUACAGAACAAUUAAGUAAAGCUGGUUUCUGUUUAUAAUAACACACUUUUCUUUUUAUACUGAAAUAUCCUCUUGUUUUCUACUUUUUUCAAAACAAUUAUUUUUGUUGAUGGAAUUAUAGAACAUUUUACAGUGUGUACUGGAAGGAUAGGCCAUUUAAUUGGACUGAUUGAAAUGGGGCAAGCCUAAAUUUUAAAAAGAGUUGUCAUUGAAUAUAAUUAUUAAUCAUCUUUUAUUGAAAAAGACCCAAAGGAUGAUUAAGUGAUAUUCCUUUUCCAAGGGUCCAUUAGUAUGGAGUUUUAACUUCCCGAAGAGAUUCCACUUUGCUGCACAUCCUUUUAGUAAUAAAUCACAGAUGUUAAAAUGUGUUAGAACAAAUAUGUGACAGACAAGGUAGA